AUGGAGGAACAGCAGCACAUGGAGCAAAAUGCGGGAAUCAAUGCACCCGGUUUCAUUCCUCAACAAAAUGGACACCCAACACAGCAGCAGCAGCAACAACAACAACAUCAUCAUGGGAUGCCAUCACACUUUUCACCUCCACAAGGUCCAACCUUCCAGCAGCCUGUUUCUACCGAUGCAAUCAUCGUGCAAAUUCUACAACAACUAAGACAGCAACAAGCUGUCACAAACCAACUUCUUCAGCGACAACAAGAAUCGAGCCAGUAUCAGCAAGGUUUCAUGCAACAACAAGAACUUUUAUUGCGGAACGCCAUGUCAUCAAUUCAAGUAAACGUUCCCCCGAAUCCAGAGGUUAUUUUAGAUUCACUAGCAGCGAACAUAAAGGAAUUUCUAUAUGAUCCCGAAAAUCACAGUACUUUCGCCGCUUGGUAUGCCAGGUAUGAGGAUCUUUUUGCAAAAGAUGCUGCGCGAAUAGACGAUGGAGCUAAAGUCAGGUUACUUCUACGGCGGCUAGGAACAAACGAACAUUACAGAUACAUCAGUUUUAUUCUGCCGAGUGUACCGAAAGACUUUACGUUUGCAGAUACGAUAAGCAAAUUGAAAGCACUAUUUGGAAGCAGAGAAUCAGCAGUCAAGAAGCGAUAUUCUGCUCUUACAGUCACAAAAACAUCCCUCGAAGAUUACGUUACCUACGGUUGUCGAGUAAAUAAAAUGUGUGUGGAGUUCGAGCUUUCGAAAUUAUCGGAAGAGCAAUUUAAAUGCCUGAUCUUCGUGUGCGGGUUAAAAUUAGAGUGCGAUGCAGAAACAAGAACAAGAUUGUUAACCAGAAUAGAGGAUAAUAGUGAUGUCACAUUAGAGUCUUUAAUGGAAGAAUGUCAGCGACUAAUCAAUUUGAAAAGUGAUGCAGCAAUGAUAGAAGGCGUAGGAGGUCAAGUUCAUGCAAUCAAAAGAAAUCCAGCGUAUCGAAAUCUAACAAGGCGACAGCACUCCAGUGAACAAACUAAAAAUCAUCCCCAACGCAAUUUCCAUAGAUCAUCUGGUCCCAAAACUCCGUGUUGGAACUGCGGAGCGAUGCAUUACUCCAAGUAUUGUAAAUUUCGGAACCAGCGAUGUACAGAAUGCAAGCAGCUGGGGCAUAAGGAAGGGUAUUGUUCUAGCGCGAAACGAUCUUUGAAGAAACCAAGUCAACGGAACGAGAAACACUAUACCAACACCAUCACAUUAUCCGUCGACUGCGUUCGAGGUAAACGUCGUUAUGUGUGGAUAAAAAUUAAAGGAGUAUCAACGCGUCUACAAUUAGACACUGCAUCGGACAUAACAAUUAUAUCCGAGGAAGUUUGGCGGAAUAUUGGCGAACCAAAAGGGAAAUCAACAAUGCAAAAAGCCAAGUCAGCAACAGGUGAGCGGUUACCUCUCCUGUUGGAAUUCGAUUGUGAAGUCAGCCUCAACGAAUCAACAUGUAGCGGUCAAAUAUAUGUCUCCAAGACCCCGCUUAACCUCCUGGGAAUCGACAUCAUAGAUAAGUUGAAUCUCUGGUCAUCACCGAUGGAUAAUUUUUGCAAUUAUAUCGGCGGCAAUCUGACGGAAACAUCAUCCCUCAAACAAACGUUCCCGAAGCUUUUCAGUGAUACAUUAGGUAUGUGUACAAAAACAAAAAUAAAAUUAACGCUCAUUGAAGGAAGCAGACCAGUCUUCCGACCGAAACGUCCAGUUUCAUACGCCAUGUUAGCUACGGUUGAUGAUGAGCUUCAUCGAUUGGAACAGUUGAAGAUAAUUUCGGCUGUUGACUAUUCAGAGUGGGCUGCUCCGAUUGUAGUGGUACGAAAAGCUAGCGGACGUAUUCGAAUAUGUGGUGACUACUCCACAGGGUUAAACCACUGCCUUCAAUCACAUCAGUACCCUUUGCCGUUACCAGAGGAUAUUUUCUCAAAGUUCUCGAACUGCGAUAUCUUCAGUCAAAUUGAUUUGACGGAUGCCUUUCUACAAAUGGAAGUGGAGGAAAGCUCUCGGAAAUUGUUAACAAUAAACACUCAUCGCGGGCUGUACCAAUACCAUAGAAUGCCACCAGGGAUCAAAGCAGCACCUGGGGCUUUCCAGCAGCUCAUUGAUACUAUGCUAGCUGGAUUACCAAACUGCGCAGGGUAUUUAGACGAUGUAAUCGUUGGAGGAAAAAACACAGAGGAACAUCAUCGCAAUUUAUAUGCAGUUCUGCACCGUAUUCAAGAAUACGGAUUCACUAUUCGUCCAGAAAAAUGCUCGUUUGGGCAGAAACAAAUUCGCUACCUAGGCCAUCUUCUGGACAGACAAGGGAUACGUCCAGAUCCAGGAAAGAUAAAAGCAAUAAACAACAUGCCAGCUCCCAAAGAUAUCACCGGUGUUCGUUCAUUCAUGGGAGCCAUAAAUUAUUAUGGGAAAUUCGUUCCCGAUAUGCGAAACCUACGUUUUCCAUUGGAUAAUCUGCUUAAAAGCGGAUCCACCUUCAAAUGGACCGCGGAAUGUCAACAAGCACUGGAAAAAUUUAAAGAAAUUUUUAUCAUCGGAUCUACUUUUGACACACUACGAUCCCAAACUAGAAAUUAUAGUUUCGGCAGAUGCAUCUUCAAUUGGUAUAGGAGCGACUAUUUGUCACAAAUUUCCCGAUGGCAGCAUUAA